GCGCAGCAAAGGUGUUGGUCUGAGAGCCCCCAGUGCGGCAGUCGCAUCUGAAGGUCCUACAGGAAUGAGUGGAAAACACACGGGUUAUUUAAAAGAAACUGUCUGCUUCCGAGCGUGUUAAAUAAUGGAAACGUUGGUGUUUCUACUCCAGCCAAAGAGCGGCUUUUUCCGUCUGAAAUCCUCGGAACCCCGGUUCGGUCCAACGGGAGUCCAUUUCAGCUGAGCAGAAUGGAUUGAAAACACCUAGAGCAGCGACCCAUUGUGCCAGCGCGAGACCGAAGAAAGAUCAAAGCACGGGCCAGUGUGACAGUUUUAGCUGAAAGAGCUCGUGGGUAAUCUGCGAAAAGACAUUUUCACCUCCUCAGUCCACAGCUGCUUAUUGUUUUCCACGGUGGGAUGCUUUCCCGCUGCCGCGUCGCUUCAUAAGGUUGAAAAUAUGGGUGAAGUCCAGGACGACAGGGAUGCGAGGAAGACCUUCGUAGCUCCGGCGGUGAAGUCUUUUGAGCAUUAUGACUUUUCCCGAGCAAAAAUCUGCUGCAGCCUCAGAUGGCUGCUGGCCAAAGCAUACGGGACAGACAGCAUCCCUGUGGACCUGAAGGAUCCCUUCUACACAGACCAGUAUGAGCAGGAGCACCUGAAGCCCCCUGUGGCCAGCCUCCUGCUGUCUGCUGACCUCUACUGCAGGGCUGGCAGCCUGAUCCUGAAGAGCGACGCUGCCAAGCCACUGCUGGGUCACGAUGCCGUCAUCCAAGCCCUGGCUCAGCGUGGGUUGUACGUCACCGACCAGGAGAGACUGGUCACUGAGAGAGACCUGCGAAAGAGGCCUCUGCAAAUGAGUGCUCAUCUGGCGAUGAUUGACACUCUGAUGAUGGCGUACACCAUGGAAACGGUGACUGUGGAGAAAGUGAGGACCUGCCUUCAUCAGUAUUCAUCCUGUGAUCCUGAGGAGGAAACUCGGUACGACACAGAGGACGCGGUGACCAUGUGGAUUAAUAAGGUGAUUGAAGUUCUGAGAGAUGUUGUGGCUCAGGAGCAGAAGAAGAAGGAGACGCAGAGUUCUGAGCAGACUGGGAGUCCUCGGUCUCCUACCAAGUGGUACAUGAAGCUUGUACCUGCACGCUAUCGGAAGGAGCAGGCCUCCACCCAGCCGACUCCCUGGAUCCCCUCAGUGGACAACCUGCUGAAAGACAGCACCGGAGGGUCGGCGCUGGGCGCCCUGCUGCACUUCUACUGCCCUCAGCUGCUGUCUCUAGAGGAUGUUUGUCUUAAGGAGAACAUGACUCUGGGUGAGCGACUCUACAACCUGCAGCUCAUACAGGACUUCUGUAAGGACAACCUGAACAGCUGCUGCCACUUCAGCCUGGAGGACAUGCUCUACGCCUCCUCCACCAUCAAGAGUAACUUGUUGGUGUUCAUGGCAGAGCUGUUCUGGUGGUUUGAGGUGGUUAAGCCGUCUUUUGUUAAACCAAGAAUGAUGGACAAUGAAGGCACAGAGCCUUCAUCCUUGUUGAAGAAUAUGCCAGCCGUCCAUAUCUCCAAGGCAACCAAGAGAAGUUUCAUGGAAAGACCUCCAAGUCCUGAAAGGCCCAAUUUACCUCUUCGGCCACAGCCUCGAAUUUCAGGAGAGAUCAAAAGGUCAACCUCGAUGUCCUUUGUGGAUGGCAACCUUGGCACAUGGCCCAAGGAGAAAAGGUCUGGACCUUAUGGGGUGUCGUUUGACAUCCCCUUUGACAAAGACAACUCUGAUCCCGCCCCGCUCUCCUCCACUCGUGGCAUGGUCAGAUCCAUCAGCACCGAUGAUGGUUCUGGUUUCAAAGUCCACCACAUGUCCCGUGGAAUGAAACGCAACUUGUCUUUCCAGCCGGUGAAUGGUCAGAGUAUUGGGAUCGAGGAAGAAGGCUGUCCAGACAGCCUUGCGGGCAUGGAGCCCAGCAGGCGACAGUUCACCAACAGACAUGGAAGUAACACAGGAACGGCUCCUUCCUUGGAGGAAGCUCUCCACAUCGUCAACAGGCCACCUGUAGAGGGCAUCAACAAUGGGUUUUUUUUGCACGGUCAGGCCCAUGGAGCUGGUGUUGGCUGCUUGGACCCGGUGUCAGAGCUGGACUCUAAAGAAACUUUGAGCACCACGGACACAGCAGAGGUUGACACUGGCAUCCACAUUCGAACAGAAGACAUGCUGGAUGAAGACUCCUCUCUGAAGGACUGCUCUGUGAACAUGGACCUCGAUAUGGACACACCAAGUCCCGGUACGAGCAGUCAGAUCAAAUCCCCCUCCGCAGCCAAAAUGACCAGCUUUGCUGAACAGAAAAUGAGGAAGCUCAGUCCAUCAGCGGCAGAUUCAGGCAGAGGCAGCAGCAACUCCAUGAAGACAACUCCAGAAGGUUCUGAGUUUGGCCUUCCGCUAUCUGUGUCCUGGGCACCCACCCCUGAGCACAGCCCCACUCAUCAACAAACCAUGCCCACUGUAACCUUUCAGGCUUCAGCCAAACCUAUCCAGCUCCCACCCAACGACCCAGCCCAAGUUAUGGCCACAGAGAUGGUCCAGCUGAGGAUGAGGCUCGAAGAGAAACGGAAAGCCAUUGAAGCACAGAAGAAGAAAGUUGAGGCCGCUUUUACGAGGCAUCGGCAAAAGAUGGGCCACUCAGCCUUUCUAAAUAUGGUGAAGAGGAAAGGUGACGGGGCUUCUAGUGGGGAGGAGGGUGUAAAAGUGGAUGGAGAAGGAAAGUCAGGAACCACAAGUCCAGUGUUUAAAUUUGGAAGGAGCAAGACAGACACACCUGAUGGGGCGGAGCAAAGAAGCACACCCUCUUGUUGGCAGAAGACACCAGGUGCAGGUGAGGAAGGCGGAAAAAGCCACGCUCAGCUGACUGAACUGGAUCUUGCAGAAUAUACGCGUUCUAUUGACAAGCUCAACCAUUCCUUAGCUUUCCUCCAGGCUGAGAUGCAGCGUCUAUCUCAGCAGCAGGAGGUGAUCAUGGCCAUGAGGGAGCACCAACACCAGCAGGCUUGGGUCAUACCUCCUCCCCACACAAACCCUUCCCCACAAAAGCACACUCGAGCUGUCAUCCGAUCUUCAGGACCCUCCUCUCCUGCCGACUCGCCUCAUUCCACCCGUCGCUCUCCAACCAGCAUCAAACGAAAAUCUGCCUCCUUCCACUCCCGAAAUCCUCGCACCGCCCGACCCAACGAGCUCAAGUUGGCUCCAUACAGUCGAGUCCUGACCGCCCCGCAGUCCGUGGACAGCAUCCCGAGACUUCGGCGGUUUUCUCCUUGUCAGCCUCUGGCAAGUUCUUUCCUUUACAUGGGGGAGAAGCCAGCAGCUGCUUCUCCAGAGGCGGUAGUCCUAGAUGGGGACCAUGACAAGGACGCAGAAUCGCUCCUGUUCCCAGACAAAGAGCUGGCAACUAUGUGUGGACCCAACUCACUCCCCAGCACACCCAACCGGAACGCCAAAAGAAAACAAUCUGAAAUGGAUGCAAAUGGCCAAGAAACUGAGACGCAGUCAAAGCCUUCUGAUAUGGAAACACAAAAGCAGCAGGACACAGUUCAGAAACUAUUUGGAGAACUAAAACCUACCAUAGAGUCAUCAUUCCCAGAGGUCUUGGCUCAUCCUGUGGUGGAAACUUUCACAGUGACACCUACAGAGAUCCCUUUUAAGCCAGAACCUUCUGUCAAAGGCAGCCUGAUUGAGGUUCCCCUGUCAGUGGUGAAGCCGCUGGAGGAUUUAAUAAUCGAUGAUGUGUUGGAGAUGGACCAGGACAACACAGAGAGUUUGGAUGAUGAACAGAAAAUGUGCCGCGGUUUCUUCUUCAGGGAGGAUGGAAAAGCAGAAGGAAACAUGGCACAGAAGAGGGCUGCUCUGCUGGAGAAAAGGAUGAGAAGAGAAAAAGAGAAUCAGCUGAGGAAGAGUCAGCUGGAGGCAGGGAUGGAGCAGAAGAAAGAGGAAGCUCGACUGAAAGCAGAGGAGGAGCGAAUCAGGAAGGAGGAGGACAAGGCCAGGAAGGAGUUCAUCAAGCAGGAGUACCUCAGGAGGAAGCAGCUAAAGCUGAUGGAGGACAUGGACACCAUCAUCAAACCAAGAUCAGCUGGUGGGGCCAAGCAGAGGCGAGGCCGACCCAAGUCCAUCCACCGUGACAGCAUAGACUCCCCAAAGACCCCUGUCCGAGCUGCCACAGGUUCACGACAGCGUGUCUUUUCAGUCUCCAGCUUGUCCCUCGCCUCCCUCAACCUGGGUGACAGCGACAGCGUUCAUUCUGAAAAGAGGGCGCCGAGGAGUUCUAGUUUAGCUUCUAGCACUCUCUUCUACUUUCUGAGCGCUCCUAAACUGAGAAGGAGGACGGAUUCUGCAAAUGGCUUCCUGUCUCCAAGUCACUCCAGCAGCAGGAAUGGGGAAAAGGACUGGGAAAACGGCUCCACCACCUCGUCUGUUACCUCCAACACCGAGUACACUGGACCGAAGCUGUACAAGGAGCCCAGUGCAAAAUCCAACAAACACAUCAUCCAGAAUGCUCUUUCCCACUGCUGCCUCGCAGGCAAGGUCAAUGAGGGGCAAAAGAACAAGAUCCUGGAGGAAAUGGAAAAAUCAGGGGCCAACAACUUCUUAGUUCUGUUCCGGGAUUCCGGCUGCCAGUUCCGAUCUCUCUACACGUACUGCCCCGAGAUGGAGGAGAUCAACAGGCUGGCGGGCAUCGGCCCCAAGAGCAUCACUCGCAAGAUGAUCGACGGACUCUACAAGUACAACUCGGACAAGAAGCAGUUCAGUCAGAUACCCGCUAAAACCAUGUCGGCGAGCGUGGACGCUGUCACCAUCCACAACCACCUCUGGCAAACCAAGAAGCCAGCCACCCCUAAAAAAGUUGUGCCUGCGCAUUCGUAAUGGAGCUCCGUAACCCUCACCAUCUCCAUCUCAGUUUGCACUUCACUGUACAUACCCAUGAAGAUUCCAACACCUGCAAUGCCAGUUCAGUGAAUGCAUAGAUGUGUUUUUAUCCUGUCACAGCAUUCCUGUCCUUGUUUAUCCAGAACACUAACGACUGGAGGUGACGGGGGAAACCAUGCCGAUCAACUGGAAUGUAAAAUGAUGUAAUCGUGUGUUUUUAGAGAUCGACAUGUUGUAGUCUGUUCAUAUGUGAGUGCCGUCUUUGUUCUUUUAAGGUGCCAAACGUCAAAAACAAGACAGUAUGAAUGCUAGGACUUUCAACACGGUACACUGAAUGUUUUCAGCUCGUGUGCAGAUUGAGUUUCGUUUGUGUUUCCCUGUUGGUGUCUGGCCUUAUGCACAUUUUAUUUUUCUGUGUGGGUGUAAAGCAGAGGAUUUUUUUGUAACGGUUUGUUUAUUAGGAAACAGAACUCCAAAGGGCCAAAAGGCUAAUUGCAUACAGCUAGCAUUAGCCACAUGAUUUGUGUGUGCUCAGCUCAACAAAGCCAAGCGGUUUCAGCUUUUAUCAGAACCCCGUCUGAAGAUCACUGCAGAUUACUGGAUCUCCACCUGCAGAGGAGUCGCAAUAGGAUGAUCGAUGUGGAGUGACUUUUUAAUGUGCAAGCAUUCUGGGGAUUUAUAGUUCUUGUAAUAAAUGUCUCGCUGUCUGUUGCAUUUAGGUCUGAUCAUCGUUCGUUAGAGGGAGGAUUUAACCCGCGGGUUCAUUUGGACUAAAUCAGCCAAAAGGGUUAAGGUUCAGUGUUUUAGCAGCUGUUUCACAGCAGCACCUCAGUAUUAGUAUACCGAUUGAUCAUGCUACUUGCAGCAUGUAGUAAAUAAAGAUGAUGAACAAUCACCUGCGGGUAUGAGUGGAGUUAAAGGAAUAUUUCUUUUACAUAAUUACUGAAUUCAAUUCCACAAGAUUUAAAUGUAGUAGUAGGAUGCAUCCUGAAGGCAUCAGAUUGUAGUUUGCUUAGACGAACUAGAUUUCAGUUUUAGUUCAAUCUUUUAGGAAUUUAAAGUUGUCAUCAGAAUCCACCAGGAAGAAUUUUGUUUUAAUGUAGGUGUGUGUGUGUUUCAGCAGCACCUUUCAGCUUUUCCUAACUAUGUCAGUUUCCUGCUGGUGCUGCUGGAGAUUGUCUUUGGUAAAAAUUCUUGUAAUAAUUCAAAGCAGAAUAAGUGAUGUGGAUCCUCACUGCUGCAUACGGGUAGAGACUCGCCGUCGGGUUUCAUUGGUGUAAGUAAUCGUGCCAAUUCUGCUACAGAAUGUAGUUAUUGUUUUAUUGGGGGGGUAUUUAUGAUCUACAAUGAGAAUGUUUUUGAAGAUCCGAUCUCAGAGAGAAAGCUCUGUCCACCGUUUGGUUCAGGCCAAAUUAAAAACUAAUUUAAAGUGUAAUGAGUCUGUAUGUUACGUUGGUGAGCUUUCUGUUCACUAUGGUUCCUUUGUUUUUGUCCAGUGCUAUGCUGUCAUUCAACAUACUGCAGGUAUGCCAUUUUAUUUUUGGAUUCUUUUGUUUUUGCAUUUAAUAAAUUGAAGCAUGGCCUCAGUGCGUA